UGGCCAGCGUGGGAGGCGUAAGGCUCGCCCGCUCCGGCUAUGAUUGCUCCUGCCUUCCUAGCGUGUGGAAACGGGUCGUUUGCGUUUGCAAGUCUUGAUGUCGGCUGCCAGGAGCGCUCUUCUUCCUUUGCGACAAGGGCUGGGAAUCGCGAUUACAAAGAAACGAUGAGGAAGCUGCAAGAUCGGGUGCGAGGGCCGGUGUGUGUGUGCGUGGGGGGAUUUCCUCUGUCCGUUCCGUUUCCGAAAGCGGAGCCUCUUUGAAGCCAGCUGUGACGAAGUUGAGAUCUUUUGGUGUUGAGAUCUGGAGAGCCGCUGAUCUGGGAGAGAAGAGCAAGCAAAACGGUGGCUCUGGGGGUGUGACAGACAUGAAACCCUGUUGCGGUGUUUAAAGUACCGUUGGAGGGAAUGCUCAUAUUGUUACAGAGCCGGAGAUUUCCACUCCCCAGCCGCCACUUGUCACGAUGGAAGGUCUCUGAAGAAACACUAAAGUUGGUUUGAAAGGAGAAUCUAAUAUGGACCAGCCAUUCACAACGAGUUCUUUGAAGAGGUUAGCUGCCAUGCCUGACCACACAGAUGUUUCACUGACCCCAGAAGAACGUGUACGUACCUUAAGCAAGCUUGGCUGUAAUAUCACCAUAAAUGAAGACAUUACUCCACGACGUUACUUUAGGUUUGGAGUGGAGAUGGAGCGGAUGGCAUCUGUAUAUCUUGAAGAAGGAAAUCUCGAAAAUGCCUUCGUGCUCUAUAACAAGUUUAUAACCUUGUUUGUAGAAAAGCUGCCUGGUCAUCGAGACUACCAGCAAUGUGCUGUUCCAGAAAAACAGGAUAUUAUGAAGAAACUGAAGGACAUUGCAUUUCCAAGGACUGAUGAACUGAAGAAGGACUUGCUAAAGAAAUACAAUGUAGAAUAUCAGGAAUAUAUUCAAGGCAAGAACAAAUGCAAAGCUGAAUUACUGAAGAAGCUAGAGCAGCAGAAUUUGAUCGAAGCAGAGAAAAAGCGAAUUGCACAAAUUCGUCAGCAACAGCUGGAAAAGCAGCAGUUUCAGUUCUUUGAAGACCAACUGAAGAAGCAAGAUCUAGCCCGUGAUCAAAAAAGUAAAGAUAAAUCUGUUUCAUCUGAGCAGACAGAUGGGAGUAUGUUGUCAUCAUGCCUUUCAGCACAUCAGAACAAUACUUUCUCCACUGUGUUAACAAACAAGAGUGAAGCCUCGGCUGGACGGUCUCCUCCAAUUAGUCGGGCAAUAAAGGCAGAUGCUACGCUGAGUUCUGUCCAGAGCAAUGUGGCUGAAGGGCUGCGAAGUGUAGUUCUACCCAAAUAUCUUAGUCAGAAAUUUCUGCUGCUAGCAGAAGCAAAUACAGUAAGAGGAAUAGAGACAUGUGGGAUUCUCUGUGGAAAACUGACACAUAAUGAAUUCACUAUUACUCAUGUAAUAGUACCAAAACAGUCUGCAGGGCCAGACUACUGUGACGUGGAGAAUGUAGAAGAGUUAUUCAGUGUUCAAGACCAACAUGAUCUCCUUACUCUAGGCUGGAUCCAUACACAUCCAACACAGACCGCAUUCUUAUCUAGUGUUGAUCUUCAUACACAUUGUUCUUAUCAGCUAAUGUUACCGGAGGCUAUUGCAAUUGUUUGUUCACCAAAACAUAAUGACACUGGAGUCUUCAGGCUUACUAAUGCUGGCAUAUUGGAAGUUUCGGCUUGUAAAAAGAAGGGCUUCCAUCCUCAUACCAAAGACCCUAGGAUGUUUAAUACUUGCAACCAUGUCAUUGGGAAAGAUGUAAAAAUAACAGUUUUGGAUCUGAGGUGAUAUGAAUGGAGGAAGAAAAGCCUUUCCCAAACAGAUGCCCAAAGGAGAACAACGGCUGCCAGGUUUUACUACAGUGUUUUCCAAAAAUUACCGACAUUUUAUAUUUGUACAUUUUAGAUUUAAUAAUUUGAUAUUUAUUACCCUUUCCCAUUUUGAGGUUAUUUUGUUGUUUUGUCAAGACAGAGUUCACGGUGGCAUUUUAUCAGAAUCUGUUGUUUAUUCAGGAUCUGUUGUUUAUUCUGAAAUACUGUGAUAUGACAAUAAAGUGAACUUGAAACAGUGA